GACGAGGGGAAUGACUUGACCCCAGAAACAGCUCGCCGAACCGAGGGGGUGUGCGCGAUCGAGCCAAGUUUUGAGGUGACACGAAUUUGUUCAAUUUCAUGGUUGAGUGAGCGAGGAUUAAACUCAGACUAUGUAGCCCUGACGUAGAACCAUCCCACACCUCAGUAGUUUAGAACCCAAUGGAGGAAUCGCAGGAAGCCACUUUUUAUCAGGAUGAAGGGAUCACGUCCCAUCUCAUGCCACAUUAUCUUUAUGAUAAACACGAGCUUCACCUCAACUUGCAUCCUGUGGCGGAAGACCCAAAGCUUUUGGACCUCAAGAGAAAUGCGACACCUUCAGAACUGCGCUCACCUGACUUUAGCCUUCUCAAGCUCGCCUCCCCGGACAUCGAGAAGAUGCUUAUGUCUCUGCAAAGUGGGAUAUCAGCAAGUCCGACGCCAGGGUCGCUAUUCAACAGCACCGCGCAUGGACCAGUGAACCCGACGACAACGGAGCAAUACUCGCGCGGAUUCACUGAAGCUCUGCAGGACCUCCACGACAGACAAGCCUCAGGAGAAUCGCUCAUUGACCUUGCGGACAACUCCGAUACAACCGAUCCCUUCCUGGGUGAACCAGCAGGCAACGGAGUCUUUCUGAGCACAAACCCAGCGACCGUAAGAACUAGUGUGGAGUCAGUGGUCUAUUCAACUAAUCUUACGCGUAAUGAAACAAGUGAAUACUUCUCCAAUACUAGUAAUAUUUACUCGAACUCCAACAGAAGCGUUUUAUACAACCCUUUCUCGACCACGACGGGGUCUUCGACCUACCCGACUGUAUUCUCGUACCCACCGGAGAGCAAUCAGCUUACAGGUUUUCAAGACUAUGUCACCGAUACGGCUAGUGCUUUGCGCGGGUUUUCGCCUUACGGGAAUGUAGUAAAGCAAGAGAUACCAGGUAAUUUUAAGCUCGAGUCGCAAACUACCGAGUCAGGUGUUUUGCAACCCAUCGAUUUGGAAAUUCAAGAAGUGGUUAAACGAGAGCGCAAAAAGCAGCGCAAUAGAAUCGCGUCAUCCAAGUGCCGCAAAAGAAAGCUUGAACGCGAGGCGAGGUUAGAGAAUAGAGUGAAAGACCUGAAAGAGAGGAACAUUGAGCUGAAUGCAGUUGCAAACGCACUAAAGCAACAAGUGUGUGAUCUUAAGCAGAGAGUCAUGGACCAUGUAAGCGAAGGUUGUCAGGUUAUGCUCGCGCACCAGUCACGGAUGUCGCCUAGUUAGUUGUGCGAUAGCGACUGGUGGUAUACGCAGAAAAUCAAUAGCCGUGAAAUCAAACAAGUUCAGGAAGUCAAUAUAUUGGGAUGUAACGACAUCGAAGGGAUAAGAAAAGGUUGCUCUGUGACUUCUGUGAGAUCUGUACGAAUUUCAUUACUUUUUGUGAGAUGUGGCGUUUACGGAAUCAUCUACCGGUAACAGAAGAACAGACGUAAAGAGACGAAAGAGACACCGGGGCUUCUCUGGUUUUGAAUCUUAGAAUUCGUGUAGCAUAUGAUUUACUAGCUAUAGUGUUUUUAAUGCGUUAGUUGUAUAGCAUUUAGUUAACAAUCUACAUUAGAUUUUAGGAGGGACAUGGCUCAUUUAUCAGUUUUCGUUUUCCUGAUAGGAUAUCGGCAGCCUGAGUUUCGUUCAGGAUCCAUAGUUUUCGCCUCCCAUAGUUUUAGACUUACGUACGUAAGGAUUGCUUAUAAACACCCCGCCGUAGGUAGAUAUUUUAUUAUCAGCAGUAUAUUAACAACGCUUUUGCACGGACGCAAAGAAGGACAUACCCGUUACAUACCCGCCAUCCCGUCAACGGGAGUAUAUCAUUAUCAUGCAAUACGCCCUACCGUGGGCACCAGAUAUGUUCUAGAUAGUGGUACAUGCAAAUGAACGAGCAUUUUGGCGACAAAAUAUAGCAUGGCAAGGAAAUUUGCAAACACCUCUCCGACCAAACUUUCAUCAGAUUUUUCUUGGUGAGUACCGCAACUGGCGUCGCACCGUAAUAUACAAAACAUAAAAAUUACCUAUUGUUGCGCGAUUGAAUGGAAAUACAUAUAUUAGGGCUUUUAUUGCCGCUUUUUAUUCUCUGAUUGUUAAGGUUAUGUAAGCUAUAUUCUAAGAGCUUAAUUGGAAGGGGCGUGGAACUGUUUUAAUUCUUUAAGUGAUCAUUUUCUUGCCCAUUUUCCACUAGGCUCCCGCGCAGCUGUACAAAUACACUACAUUACUGUCAGUCCAACAGUCCUUAGGACACUACAAUAGGACGCUACAUUACUGUCAGUCUAACACUUAGAACGCUACACUAAGAAGCGCUGCGCGAGACUUUUUUCCUACUCGCGUAACAAGGUAAUUUUGGAAAUGAUAUAGAAUGCUCCAGAAGGGAAACAACCCCGAAAUUCCCAUUGGCUCCUGCACACCCGCAACGUUUUUAUAAUUGAUGGCCACAUCUUGUAAAAGAUAGUUGGCUUAUUUUGAGCGCUUAAUCAGAAAUGUAAAUACCUAUUUUUGAUAUGUUAUUAUGCAUGUGUGAGAGUGAAUAAAGGUUUGGCUUUGGA